CAUUUGGGAAAUCUGAAAUUCCUUCGUGGUCUAAAACGACGGUCCACCACGACAAACGCAACCGCAGCGAAUCCCCAAAACCACGACAGGGGUCGUCGCAAACACGUGGAGGAUGUCAAGAGCGCUGAUUUCAACCGAAAACACGCUGUUUUGAGUUAUUCGACAAGCAGAUCUCCUGGUGUCACUUCAGGGCAGGCAAUAUUUUUCGUGAAUAAUUUCAGUAAGUUAUGCUUGGCUACAUUUGAUGCGGAUGGCAAGUGUGUUGACGCCCAAGGCUCGCUCAGAUGGGUUCUACAAGAAGCAUAA